AUGCCUCUCUCCCCUCUUCCCCCAGUCGAGGCCGCUAAGCGUCUCUCCGCCUACGCCGCCGUGGACCGCCACAUCGCCCUCGAGCACAAGCUCAUCGGUAUCGGCUCCGGCUCGACUGUCCCCUACGUCGUCGACCGUAUUGUCCAGCAGGGCGCCGCCGCCAACGCUGGCCGCACCUUCCUCCCCACUGGUUUCCAGUCCAAGCAGCUCAUCAUCGAUGCCGGCCUCAACCUCGGCGAUGUUGACCAGUACACCCGUCUCGACGUUUGCAUUGACGGCGCCGACGAGGUCGACUCUGACUUGAACGCCAUCAAGGGUGGUGGUGCUUGCCAGCUCCGCGAGAAGGUCCUCGCUGACAUGGCGGACACCUGGGUCAUGGUUGCCGACUACCGUAAGAACUCGACUGUUCUUGGCACCAACUGGAAGCAGGGCAUCCCCAUCGAGGUCGCUCCCUUCGCGUACGCCCAGGUCCUUGCCACCCUCGUCAAGAUGGGCGGCACCCCGACCCUCCGCAUGGGCAAGGCCAAGGCCGGCCCUGUCGUCUCGGACAAUGGCAUGUUCAUCAUUGACGCCACCUUCCCCGAGGCCCAGAUGAAGGCCCCCGCCAAGCUCAACACUGAGAUCAAGCUCAUCACCGGUGUCGUCGAGGUCGGUCUCUUCUGCGGCAUGGCCAAGGCCGCGUACUUUGGCAACGAGGACGCCUCGGUCACCUGCCGCGCGGUGGGCGGCAAGGUCGAGCAGAUUGCCAGCGUCCCGGACGUGCCUCCUGUCGCCUCGGCUUAA